AACACGCGGAGGCCAGCCUUCGGGAGAAACGGGCCACCCAGAAAAGGACCGGAGCACCCUUCCAGCCUCGGAGGCCCUUGGGGCCGCCUCCGGGAACUUCCGCUGGGCUGGGCUGCAGGCUGCAGGUGGCUGCGUCCCCUGAGACACCGAGGUUGAAUCACGGGACAAUGCCUCAUGCCUUGUGGACAGUAUGGGUCUUGGGGGCUAUAAUCAGCUUGUUUAAAGAAGGGGCCCCUGAUCAGCCUUCUUCUCUGACUUGUGACCCCACCGGUGUCUGUGAUGGCCACUCUAGGUCUUUAAACUCCAUCCCCUCAGGGCUCACGGCAACUGUGAAAAGCCUCAACCUGUCCAACAAUGAGAUCACUUAUGUCAGCGACAGUGACCUGCGGAGCUGUGUGAACCUCAGGUUUCUGAGCCUGGAGUCCAACAAAAUUAACACAAUAGAGGAAAAUUCUUUUUCCUCCCUGGGGAGCCUCAAACAUUUGGACUUAUCCCGUAACCUCUUACUUAAUUUAUCAUCCUCCUGGUUCAGGCCCCUUUCUUGCUUGACAUUCUUAAACUUACUGGGAAAUCCUUACAAAACACUCGGGAAAGCAUCUCUUUUUUCUCAUCUCACCAAUUUGAGAAUCCUGAAAGUAGGAAAUCCGAGCACCUUCACUGAGAUUCAAGAAAACGAUUUUGCUGGGCUAACUUUUCUUGAGGAACUUGAGAUUGUUGCUUCAAAUCUGCAAAGGUAUGAGCCAAAGAGUUUGAAGUCAAUUCAGAAUAUCAGUCAUCUGAUCCUUCAUCUGAAGCAGCCUGUUUUCCUCCUGGAUAUUGUGGUAGAUCUUUUAAAUUCUUUGGAAUAUUUGGAAUUGAGAGAUACUCAUUUGAACACUUUCCGUUUUCCAGAAAUAUCCAUCAAUGAAACUAAUACAUUGACUAAAAAGUUCACAUUUAGAAAUGUGGAAACCACUGAUGAAAGUUUUAAUGAAGUGGUGAAACUGUUGAGUUCUGUUUCUGGAGUGUUAGAUCUGGAGUUUGAUGACUGUACCCUUAAUGGAGUUGGUAAUUUUGACCUACCUCUUUUGGAUAGAAUUAAAGAUGCAGGUAAAGUAGGGACGUUAACAAUACGGAGGUUGCAUAUUCCAUAUUUUUACUUAUUUUAUGACCUGAGCAGUAUAUAUUCAUUUACAGGAAGCAUUAAAAGAAUCACAAUAGAAAGCAGUAAUGUUUUUCUGGUUCCUUGCUCACUUUCACAACAUUUAAAAUCAUUAGAGUAUUUGGAUCUCAGUGAGAAUUUAUUGGUUGAAAACUUAUUGAGAAACUCUGCCUGUGAGCAUGCCUGGCCCUCCCUACAAACCUUAAUUUUAAGGCAAAAUCAUUUGACAUCAUUAGACAAAACGGGAGAAAUUUUGCUUACUCUGAAAAACCUGACUAACCUUGAUAUCAGUAAGAACAAUUUUCAUCCUAUCCCUGAAACUUGUCAGUGGCCAGAAAAGAUGAAAUAUUUGAACUUAUCCAGCACAAGAAUACGUGAUUUAACCUCUUGCAUUCCCCAGACUCUGGAAAUUUUAGAUGUUAGCAAUAACAAUCUCAAUUCAUUUUCUUUGCUUAUGCCACAACUCAAAGAACUUUAUAUUUCCAGAAAUAAGUUGAACACUCUACCAGAUGCCUCUUUCUUACCCAUGUUACUAGUCAUGAGAAUCAGCAGAAAUACAAUAAAUACUUUUUCAAAGGAACAACUUGAUUCCUUUCAAAAACUAAAGACUUUGGAAGCAGGUGACAACAAUUUCAUUUGCUCCUGUGAAUUCCUGUCUUUCACUCAGGAGCAGCAAGGCGUGACCCAGAUCCUAAUUGACUGGCCAGAAAACUACCUGUGUGACUCUCCAUCCCAUGUGCGGGGCCAGCGGGUUCAGGACACUCACCUCUCCAUUUCCGAGUGCCACAAGGCAGCUCUAGUGUCUGCUGUGUGCUGUGCCCUUUUCCUGUUGAUCCUGGUCACUGGGGGGCUGUGCCACCAUUUUCAUGGACUGUGGUACAUGCAAAUGAUGUGGGCCUGGCUCCAGGCCAAACGGAAGCCCCGGAAAACUCCCCACAGGGACAUCUGUUAUGAUGCCUUUGUGUCUUACAGUGAACAGGAUUCCCACUGGGUGGAGAACCUCAUGGUCCAGGAGCUGGAGCACUUCAACCCUCCCUUUAAGUUGUGUCUUCAUAAGCGGGACUUUAUUCCUGGCAAAUGGAUUAUUGACAAUAUCAUUGACUCCAUCGAAAAGAGCCACAAAACUAUCUUUGUGCUUUCUGAAAACUUUGUGAAGAGUGAAUGGUGCAAGUACGAACUGGACUUCUCCCAUUUUCGUCUCUUUGAUGAGAACAAUGAUGCUGCCAUUCUCAUUCUUCUGGAGCCCAUUGAGAAAAAGGCCAUCCCCCAGCGUUUUUGUAAGUUGCGGAAGAUAAUGAACACCAAGACCUACCUGGAGUGGCCCACUGAUGAAACUCAACAGGAAGGGUUUUGGUUAAGUUUGAGAGCUGCAAUAAAGUCCUAGGUUCCUUCAUUAAAGGCCAGUCUUCGCCCGGUGGUGGUCUUUAUCGCAGUAAUUGUAACUAAGUCCAUUCCGCCACGGCUAUUGUAUAUGUAAACUACAUGAAUGUACUGUCAUUUGAGGACUUGCUUACUAAAACUACUAAAACUUCAAAUUUGAUCUGGAGUGCUGUUUUAUAAAAACUGCUACAAGAUUGGAAAAAAAGAUGGUUUGGGGUUUUUCUUUAUCCUAGGAGAUAAUCAUGAUCUAAGUCCAUUACUGAUUUCUGAAUUCUCUGUAGCCGUUGGUUUUGUUCAUCAGGAAAUAGCACAUAUGAAUAGAAGACUUCAAGUGAAAUGUGUCGGUUAGCUUUCUGCUAGCGGAUUCAUCCACAUCCACAGACAGAGGGCAUCCUGGGCACUACCUAGCUCUCCUCUCUGUGUGACUCCUCUCAUGAUCCACAAGGCAAAAUAUUUGGGUCACUCAGCCAAACUUGUUGCUAUCCCUAGAAAAAAGUGUUGUGUGUCCCCAUCGAACUUUUUUUGUGGCAAGACACGAAAUACCUAGAAGGUAUGUUUUCAUGUGAACUGGUCUGUCUGUCUGACUGGGUUUUGGAUAGGUUUCUCUAGCCACUCGAGAGAGAGUACAUAACACAAGAUCCAGUCAAAUAUGUCUUCCCACGAAAAUCAAACUAGCGAAGUAAAUAAAAUGUUCAGUUUAGAAGAACUUAAAAGAAGCCUGUCAUAUCGCUGACUCUGAGCUUCCUCCAGGCUUCGUCCGUGAAGUUGUAAUUAAUAUCUAGUUACUCUGGCUCUCAACCCUGUUUUCUAGUCUGUCUCCCCUGCAUCAUGGUGCUUUCUUUUUUAUUUGAAAAGUCUCAUUUCUGAUUCUAAAAAGGCCCUCCACCUUUUUUUUUCCCCCUGAA